AUGUCAAUAUGGAUCAAUAGAGAUAAGCGUAUUGAAUUAGAAGACACUGCGUCUAAAGAUAAAGACAACUUUGCGGAGCAUAUUUUCGAUACUGUAAAUGAAAAAUGCAACAGAUUUACAAAUAUCAAACCCAAUUUUUUUUUAUUCAACUUCCUUCCCCAGUUUAAAAUGAUGUCUCCGUUUGAUAUAUAUAUUUCUAUCCACGAAUGGCUCGUCACUAGGGAUUGGGACAAGAAGCUUCCGAAUACAGCAAUAUUUAUAGGCAAUGUUUUCACGUUUACAUAUUAUGGCAUACGUUUAUUACAAGAUUAUUUAAUAAAGCCAAAUUAUUUUAAACUUUCAUCAAGAGACUAUUUUGAUUUUUCCAGAAGUGAUACUUUAAGAAAAUAUGAUUAUUUUCAACGAUUUAUGGAUUCCCCUGAUAGCCAAAAUCACUUUGCACAUAAUAAUUUACCCACAUUUAUUAAUUCAAUCAAUGACCAUUGGCAUUAUAGGUACUUAAAAGCUCUGAACACUUUUUUAAAUUUUUUAACUUUUUUAUUGAUCCUUAUUAACUUUAUGACCACUUUUAAAUUUUUAUUUGCUUCAACCAAAGAAUAUUCCAUUUUUUAUUUCAAAAGAGCUCCCAACUCAUCGCAUGUAGUUAAAAAGUCCUUGGUCGAUUUAAGUUAUCAAUAUUUAGAUAAUGAAUCGGGAUUUACCCCAUGGAAUAUGUUGACAUAUUUAUUACCUAGCAGAUUUACACAAGCUUCAUAUAAGGAAGAUGAUUUUGAAGAUGAAAACAGUCCUUCGGGCCUUGGUGCCACUUCCAAAAACAAGCAAGAGAAAAAAUAUUACUAUCAACUAUACAAAUGGUCACCUUCACCCUUUACAACUUCAUUAUUCACAUCUUUUAAUCCUAUAGUCGUAGUAUUUUUAUUUUUUUCUGAUACUUCGUUUCUAUCUUUUAUUGCUAUUGUUUUGAACCAAUAUCUUUUUUAUGAACUAUUAAUUGUUAAAUAUGAAUCCCGAAUAGAAGACGAGUUAGUAUUAUCUAGCGCGUUACUAGAAGAAACCAAUAUUAAAUAUAGGGAUAAUGUUAUUCAUCCAGUGUAUCAGGAUGCAAUGGUAAACACAAACUUAGACGGAACAGACAAUUUUAUUGCAUCUUUCAAACCAUUCAAUCAUUUAAACGGCGAGAAAUUCAUUACCAAGAAAAAAAUAAAUAACAUUGUUACAACUCAUGCACUAUCUGGUGAUUUGAUAUACGAAAAGUUUAAUAAGAAUGCUGGUGAUUUUGAAAAGCUAAGAAAAUCGUCAGUCAGAACCUACAUUUCAAAAAAAUAA